UCCAUCCGAAAGGAGGGAUGUUUUAAGUAAUUUCCGUAGGGUUUUUUUUUUUUAAGAGCAGAGAUCCCGUUUCCUGUAAUAAUAAUUACUUUUAUUCUGAGGGAACUCUUAAAGGAAACCGGAUAUCGACUUUUCCGAAUGAAACAGCUAGAAUAAAAUAAAACUUAUAUUUCUGUGAGAUUUAACGGAAUGCUUGGAGUGCUAUGGAGGCUACGGACAACCUCACCGAACUCGACAAGAAAGCCGACCCCUGUGGAAGCGCGGGGCUGGUUGCUAGGUUACAGACCCAGCUAGCAGACGCGCUGCUGGAGAUUGAGAACUUCAAGGCUGUGGCGACGAUCUCGGAGAGCACCAAACAGGAAGCGAUCGAGGAAGUGAAGCAGCGGUGCCAGGAAGAGGUGGCCUCGCUGCACACCAUCAUGAAUGAGUCAAUCAGUGUCUACAAGUCUCAAGUUGCCAGUCUGGAGUCUGAAUGUGAGGAGAGGAGAGAGGAGAAGAGAGAGGGGAGAGCAGAGAGAGAGAGGAGGAUGAGUCUGGAAUCUGAGAUGGAAAGGGCUCAAGCGGACUCUGAGAGGUGGAGAGAAAUCGUGCAGCCUCUGGAGAGAGAGAUCAGAGAACUGAGAGAGCAGCUGAAACGAGAGAGAGGGCAGCGGCAAUAUCCCAGGACAGCAGCAGGAGAGAGAGGGGGAGCAGGAGCUGGGGGUCGUCACUCCAGGGAUGGGGAGGGAGAGGAGGAUGAAGAGGUUGAUUAUACCUCCGAUCCCUCCCUCCUUCGCUCCCUGCCCCCAUCCCCCCCUCUUCUCUUUGAGGGGGGGGGCAGUGAGGACGACACCUUCUCCUGUCGGAAUGGGGGGACAGGGGGGGACCCCGACUCCUUCUCUCUGGGGACCCCCUGCCUGGAGCGCAGGCACCCCCAAACACUGACUCCGGAGCAGGAGGAGACGGCCUCGCUGGUGUCGACCGGGACCCUCGUACCCGAAGCCAUCUACCUGCCCCCCCCUGGGCACAGACUGGUUACUGACAAAGAGUGGGCGAGCUUGCAGGUACAGUUGAAGCAGGUCCAGAUUUCGCUGACACAAUCAAACCAGGAGUUUGAGAGAGAGAGGAGUGAGAAAGAGAGACUGGAGCAGGAACUGAGACACAGUGCACUGGAGUGUGCCAAGCAGGUGUCUAUUUUGAUGGAACAGGUCCAGAACUCUGAGUCUCUGCUUCAAACAUUGCAGAAAACUCUCAGCCAAUCACAGAGCUCUGUGCAACAACAGCUGGCAGAGCUGUCUCAGGCUCAUCAGAGGGUCAGUGUGGAUCUGCAUCGGCUCUCCGCAGAGAACCAUACCCUGAAGGGGGGGUUGCCACCCAGCGCCAUGCAGGCUGUGCACUCUGAGGAGAGGCUGAGGAUCGAGAUCGUGAAUCUCAGAGAGCAGUUGGAGACUCGCACGGAGAUGUGUGAAGUCCUAGAGGUGCAGCUCUCCAGUCUCCGGACAGAGUCCGAUCGGGUUCAGGGUGAGAAGCAGCAGCUCUGCUCUCAGAUGGAGUGUGAGUUGCAGGAGAGCCGAAGUGCCGUGAUCUCCCUGAAGGAGCAACUGUCACAGUUGCAGGAGCGUGCAAAGGAGGACAGCGCUGAGAGGGCUGCUCUUCAGAAGCUCUUCUCUGAGGAGAGAAAUAAGUGUCAGUGUCUGCAGGCGGAGCUCGAUACCAGUGAGGGGGUGCAGAGAGACUUUGUCAGGCUGUCCCAGAUACUGCAGAUGCGAUUGGAACAGGUUCGACAGGCCGAUUCCCUCGAGCAGAUCAGAGACAUUCUCGACCAUACCCACAUCUCUGACAUCCGGGAUCUCAAGGAGCAGUGAACCAAUCACAGCCCCAGCUGCCAUGCCAUAGAGAGAUGUACUGAAUCUGACGAAUGAUUACAAGUUCCUGAGAUUAAAGUUGGGGACUAAGCAAUAGUUUAUAUACUGGCUGAAAUGCAUUGCAAAAGAGCUAUACUAUACCAUAAUUGGGGCUGAAUUUUUUUCACGGUAAAAUAUGGCUUUACAGUCUAAAAUUACGUAUUUCAAGAUAUUUCACGAUUUAAACAUGAUAUGUAUUAAAGCAGAAAAAAAUAGCUUCUCUUUCAAAUUUGAUUAUUUUCUCCACUUAUUACACAACUGUUCCUAAACAUUGAAAUAUCCACAUUUUAUAAAGACAUUCUCUUUUCACCAUCAAUGAAUUACACCGUGUAACA